AUGCACUACAAGGAAGGAAUGAAGGUAUCAGAUGACUACAUUUGCAUCCCUAUGGAUGCUAUUCCCAAACACUCAUGGCAUUCAUAUGCAUCAGUGCUUAACCAAAGCCAGCUGACAAGUUUGUUCCAGGAUUAUUGCUACUAUCUUCAGCGGAAACCCAUUGGAUUGCAAUCAGUAAUUGUCCGUUUCUGUCCCAAAGGGACCGGAUGCAUUCACAUCCACUUUCUUAAGGAGUAUGGGGAGGAGUCAUUCCCGGUAAAUAUUGAGGGCCACCAUUGUGGGGGUCAUAUAAUCGUCUCCUACAACGGUUCUGACUCUGGGGACGGGAUUUGGAACUGUAUGAAGGACCACAACAAUUGUUGUAAUCACAUCACCAAAGCAAGACACCACUUGCGCAAGCUGGUGACCUCGAACCCAAGUGCUCAAGACAAUCAAGGCAAGAAUUUGGAUCCAAAUGAUGUCCUGCAGGUCUCAGUGCUUCCUCCAUCAUGGGGGAUCCUCCCAUCCAAUCUACAAGUAAUUUCCCACCCACUCCCACUCCAAAAGACCCCAGACCUGCUCAAGUUAAAUAACACAGCAGCAUGUAUCUGUCGUCAAGAGACUGAGGAUGACAAUACUAGACAAGACCCUACUGGCCCGGAUUACCUGACAGAAGAUAGCCACGAGGUGUCAUCUGAUCAUGCACCAGAUAGUCUUUUAGACCAUCUGGAGGCUGCUUCUGAUGUUGAACAUCAUUUACAGCUCAUCAAUCCAAGCAUUCAACUUCUCUUCUCAACACAUUACAGUACCAUACAGUCCAAGCCUAGACCACCAAAAGCAUAUCAUAGUCUCUUUGUCCAGCAUCCCAACACUGUCACUGCAUCCUCCUUGUACUACAAUCAUCAAGUUGAGCAAUACCCACCGGCACUAAUAGGUCUGUGCAUCUGGAUGUACAAUGAUCCACCACCCUGCGUUGAGGGCACUGACCAGUAUCAGCUGGGAACUGGCAAAAGUAUGCCACUUGUCCAGCACCAUCCACACUAUUCCCAUCUCAAAAAUGACCUGCGGAAUGAACCUGAUGGCCGCAGAGGCAAAAAAUGCUCCAAAUAUUAUGCUCAAUACGGCAAACAAAGACUGACCAGUGGGAUUAUCACUUCUUACAAGAUAGCCCAAGGCACCAAGAGUAGUAGUUACAAUUUUGCUUGUGCUCUGGGACCUUAUUGUCUCACUCAAGAGCCCGACUUUUUUGCGGACACUCUUUUUGUGGUUGAUGCUUUCCACGCCAAGGGACAUCCUAAAUGCUCCCCAGCAGCAUUUUUGACCAGCUAUGCCAGAACAGAUCCUCAACUCGGUCACAUAAAUUCAAUUGCAGCUAAAUGUGGGGAUAGUGCUAUCAAGAGAAUCCAGAAAUCUGUUAGCUACAUGUCCCAAGAUCGUGCCAUAUUGUACACCAAAGUCUUCUUGUCCAUAUGGAACAGAUUGAAAAUUCAUCAUAUGAUAGGUACUGAUAUGUAA